GCUGUGUUGUGAAUUGAUCGCACAAACCGUAGGCCUAGGGCCUAAACCCAAUGUCGAGUCGUAAAUAGGCCUAAAUUUCCCACAUUUUAUCAAUUUCUAUAUAUUUUUGAGACAUCAUGCUUGUCUACAUUGAGAGUAAAGAUUUCCAGAUAAACACAUUUGUGUUGAAAUGUGAGCCAGGGGAGACAUUGGCCCGAGUGAAGGCAAAGAUUCUGCACAUUCUGUACGGGAUGGCACGUGAUGACUUUCAGUUUCGUCUUCGAUACAAAGGACAGUUUCUUCGAGAUGCAUACACGUUGGAAGACUACAAAAUUAUUGAUAAAUCAAUCAUUAAGAUGAUACCAAUGGCAAAGAAUGAAGAGUCAAUGAAAAAUUUGCAUGCUAGUAGAGAAGCCAACUUAUCUUCAGGGCAGACUGGUGAAGUGACGGUGGCGCUGUUCGAAGAGGUUGCCAUGCUUCGAUGGAGAGAAAGAAUGCUUGCAGACUUUAAGGGUUUAUUGUUCAUCAGUACUAUUUUCACGUUGUUCUCAUUUUUCACUCUAUUCUGGUAUUCAAUCGCUUGGAUAUUUGUAACAACUAUUUAUGCCCUAUGGAAGUGUCCUACUUAUACACAUAAAGCUGGCUUUGUUGGUGCUUCAAGUCUUUGGCCAAGGCGAUUUAUGUUGGUACUUGGUAUUCUUGUAAUCUUGAACAUCUGUGCAUCUAUUGCGCUGGAUGUUAUCUCAUUGAAAGAUAUUACCAACUUUGAUUGUGGGUCCAGUUUUGAUUGUGACCAGCUCAAGAUCAAGACGAUCUUCUCCGUCAUCUUCUUCUCUCUUCAUGUUCUCUACCUUCUUAUGGUUUCCAUUUCAAAUUGGCUGCUGUUUCGAAACUUCAAAUUUCAAAUAGGUGACAUCCUUGAAGAGCAGAUGGUGAUAUCUAGGGAUGUUGGAAAGGUGAUUUUGGCAGCAAAAUCUGGAAGCUACCUUAAUGCCAUUCCUUGUCCAAGUAAACCAGUGUGGUACGCUUACUUCACUGGCAGUCAGGUUUGCUGA